AUGUCUGUCAUGCGCCACGGAGGAGGCGGUUUCCUCCAGCGCCGUCUGACAAAGCUCUAUACCGACACCAAGACUUCAUGCGAGAGUGUGACAACCGCUUCCAAAGCACUGGAUGACCCGGAAUUGGUGGCGCUGCAUCAGAGCUUCCAGAAACAACGAGAUCGCUUGCUCUCGUGGGGCUUGGAUUGGAGUGAUGCGAGCGCCGCCCAACCGAACGAUAUCGACGAGUCACUGACCGCCGCUGGCUUCAGCGAUGUGGUGGAGAGUGUCAUGUCCACGAUCCAAGACUUACUCAAUGACGCCGAGCGCGUGCAGCACGUCGACCCGCCUAUUCUACCCUCGAAGGAACGCAAAGUAGAUCUUCCAUCGAAGGAAAGACUAGUCGCCCGGGCUCUUAAGACACAGUGGACAGACGACGAUAUCAGCCGCUCAAAGACCAUUCUGAGCGAUCUGACCGCAUGCAUCGAUACGCUCUAUGAUCUGUCGCGCUCGCGACGAACAAUGGCCUCCAGCAUGUCCUCUUCCAAGCAAAGCACCGGCCGACGAACACGAUCGACCCCGCUCUCACCCCAUGAUAUAUCAUACGGCUCCUACUCCGACUCUAAAGAAAAGGUCCAGAGUCCGAAGCAAAUGCACGACCCGUUUACAUAUAACUCACCGACCCCGCAACGCGAUUACGGCAAUCCUUUCGUCACUCCUCACCCUCUCGUCAUAGAUCGAUCAGCUCUACAGCUCUAUGGGGCCAACCAUGAUAACAAUCCGCCCCCCUAUGAGCCAGUUGCAGCAUCUCUGAAUUCUCGUGCAGUUGGUAGGCUCAAAACAUCAGCCUGUCCAUCUCUCCUUAGCUCCGUCAAGGAGCCCUCUGUCUCCGUGUUAGUUGAGUUCAUGCCUAUGAUCGUGGAUGCUCAGAUGAACUCGAAGGGCUCUCGGCUGGAGAAGCUCCAGAAAUCGCUCGAUCAGUUGCUCCAGAAUGCCAGAAUUGCCCAUUUGGGUCUUCUGAAGUUCCUAGGGUACUGUGUCGAUGAACCUAACGCCCGCUAUGCUUUUCUAUACCAAAUGCCCGUCGAUUACUUUCCUUUCCUACAAAACCCCAGCGACCUGCUCAAUCAGCUCAAACCUAUGCCUCUCGUGGCUCUUCUCCCUUCUGCAGAAGAUUAUCGCGAGAAACGAAUGCCGAACUUAGAGACGCGCUUCCGACUUGCCUACGACCUGCUCAUGUCUGUUUUGCACCUGCGAAGCCAGAAUGCAGUGCACGGCAAAAUCAACAGCAGCAAUGUCAUUUUCUUUCCUGGAAGAACCGACGUUAAUAAUGAUGAGAGUGGUCUCUCUCCCGAUCUUCGCCGUCCUUACUUGACCUCCCCCGCACGUUUCUCCGUUGAUGGACCCACCCCUGAACCGUUGUCUACAGCCAUGUAUCGUCAUCCCGAAGAUAAAAGAUGCGUUGAGGACGAUGGUGCCUGGGCAUAUGAUCUAUACUCGCUCGGUUUGGUCCUUCUAGAAAUUGGUCUGUGGGCUCCAAUCGGCCGGCUGUGGAAGAUGAAGUAUGAUCGCUCCUGGUUUAAGCAUCGUGUGGAGGAUCUCUACGUGAAGAAGCUGGGCUCUAAGUGCGGUAGCGCAUAUCUUCAAGCUGUGCAGCUUUGCCUCGAUGCCCCCAACUUCCACCUCUCCACUCAACCCAUGACCGAUCUCAAUCUCCGUGUUCCCCAGAUCUAUCAUUACCCAGUUCUCGACCUCUCCGACCCCGAUGGCACUUUUUCCUUCUCAAUGAACUUCAUGUAUACCAUUUGCAAGAUUUUAUGGUCAUGUUGCCGCAUCGAUAUUUUUGGUGCUCCUCCAGCAGAAGAGUUGGAUGACUGUCUACCUCUGGCACUUGUCCCAACUCCUGAGCCAACACCUGCAGAAGAGAAGUCUAGCAUGUUCGAAAUUCCACCUGAGCCCGUCAAGCUCGACAAAAACCUCCCGAUUAUUCCGACGAUUCCGACCGAGCAAUGGCGCGCAGCACCAGAGGAGAAGAGCUUGGACAAGCCAAGCAAGAAACGCACGGUCAAGCGCCUUCCUCACCUAGAGAUCCCGGACGAGCAUCUGCACGAAUGGAACUUCCAGCUGAUGCCGCGCCUGAGCCGACUUCUCCAAAAGAUCCUCAAAGAUUCCUCAGAGUCUUGCGGGGUAACUCUCAUCAUGACGGGAGAAUCUCAGGAGACUGCCCGAACAACUAUUUGCGUCACCUGUGCCAGCGCUAAGAAAGUUCGCUUGGCCUUGAAGAAGCACUUUCCUCUGGGCCGGGAUGACUGGGACUUGAUUGUCUUGCGGGGCGAUGUUGAACGAUCCAAAGUCCCUCGCAACAAGCGCCGCAGGCCUGCUAAGACUCGACCCAAUGGAUCGAACCAAACUCCUUUUCGUCAGCGGGAAUUGAAUCCGUGCCACCAGCAGCGGCCUCUCUGCGGUGCGUCCAUUGGUGCAUUCCAAAAUGAAGAGCAUUUGCCUCCCGUUUCCUAUGGCGGUGCUAUCCUCGUCGAUGGCCAACCCUACGGGUUGACUGUUCAUCACAUGCUUGAGGCACCUAGUGACGAUGAAGACCUUGGAGAUGAACAGCAAGAUGCCCCUGCUCGCUCUGCGGGGAAUUGGGCUCGGGACACAUCAAACGCCCCAAACCAGGAUUUCAUGUAUACCUACGAGGAUGAUCGGUCCGAGGUUAAUCUGGAAUUCGAAAUAUCAGACCCGGAAGAUGACGAUAGGUCGGUCUCCCAAGGGCCGGAUGCUGGUUAUGAUGAGUACUGGCUUUCGGAGGAUGACUCAUCCGACGAAGAGUCCGUCGAAGGUCUUGAUAAUGAUGACGAUGAUGCGGCCUCGGUCGGUGAUACUGCCGGCAUCGACCCUGGAGAGGAACCUAAGUUGCUUGUCACGCAACCCGCUAUCGACGAUAUCCAUGAAGAUUUUUUUCCUUCCUUAGAGGACCGAGAUGAUGAGCAUCUCGCCUCGCAUUCUCUGGGGUAUGUCCAUGCUUCUUCCGGUGUCCGACGCUGGACUCGCAAGGGGAUCAAGCAUGAAAUCGAUUGGGCAUUGAUCAGAGUCGAUGAUAAUCGCAUGGAUCCCCGCAAUAUUAUCAUCGAUUAUGCCGCAUCCCUUCCCGGCCUACCGGGACUGGGGUGGUCCCAAUCUCAGCCGAUCUUUCUCAAUCAAGUCGCCCGAAUGGAGGAACUGGGCGGAUUGCAGGUGCACUGCUGUGGCCGGACAAGUGGGCUGCAGACGGGCCAGAUAUCCAAGGCUAUGACGUUGGUCAAGCUCCAUGGCCGACAUUCCUUUUCAACGAGCUUUUGCGUCAACGGGAACUUUGGAGCCCCCGGCGACUCCGGCGCAUGGGUUUUUGACAGAUCAACUGGCCGUGUCUGCGGCCACGUCCUCGCCUGGUCUGCGAAGACCAACAUCACCUACAUCACUCCGAUGGAAGUCACCUUUGAAGACAUCGCGCGCACCCUGAAUGCCUCCCUCGUUUCCCUUCCGGGUGAUCCAAGCCGUGCUAUGACCUACGACGGCCCCAACACCCCCGCAUACCGUUACCAGCCGCAGCAACUCCCAGGCGAAUUCAACCGCCUGGCGGUUGGCACACCUGGAGGCCCGCCAGGCCCGCCGCAUCCGUUCGCAUACUCCCGUCCCGGCCAUCCCCCUCCUCCGGGCUUCGCGCCCCCUCCUCCUCCGCCGCCCCCUCGUCCCGGUUCACGGGAAACGCAUGUCUUCCGCGCUGUGUCGCCCAUUCCUCCGGCUUUGCUGGCGGGCCCGAGGAAUAUUGAGAGACAACUUGCAUAG